CUCGAAAAGGACAGCCGUGAGCUCUCCUGCUGUUCGGGUAGAGGUAGAGACGUGCGUCUGUGUACCGACCAACAGCGCAGUUACAAGUGAAAGCAAAAGGACAGCGAUUUAGCUUUCGUCUCGACUCGUGACGCGCUGCACUGCCACACGGCCAACUUGUGCAAGAACAUCGGCGAGCCUAACAGGAAGUGACUUGUCGCGCAUCUUAUUAUAUUUCUUCAACAAAAAGGCCGCCGUGCAGGAUCUCGCGGGGGCUUUUUCUUCUACGAAGGCCCGCGCUGUCAUUCUGUCUCCCCGCGAGUCGCCGGGACUCGCUCGUCGAAGCCACGAAGCCACCGCGAGGAAACUCCCGUUGACCAGACGUCCGUUCUUACGACUUCGGCAGCCAAGCUGGAGCAAGCUCUUCGAGACUCGACCAGUGACGCCGCACUGUUCCGGUAUGGUUUAUCGUAUCGAGUGACCUUCAGUCGCUUCGCGUCGUGGAACGAGCGGAUGUGCCCCUAACCAUCCUUUUACUUAGCACCUGGCCGACAGGCGUCAAAACAGGAGGCUGCUUGCGUGCGAAGGCGCAAGGUCUGCGACCAACGGCCACGGCCCAUCGGCUGCUCAAAAUAGGAGCGCCCGCACGCCGCAGAGGCCAGUGUCCAGAGACCUAUAUAUUACGUGUGGCAAGGCGUGGGCCCCCGAAUGUGGGUCGCCGGACCGUUCCACAUUCGACCAUGCACGCGGCGCGGCGUCAAACCGGCCAAGGAGGAAGGAGGAAGGUAAACAUUGCUACACCCAAAAGAAUCGGCCGAGAGAAUUGGAUGCGUGGUGGUGGGAAGAUGCAUAGGAGGGUGCAGGCAGUCGUUUAGGAGGAGACAGAACCUUUUCGCGAGAGAGUACCAUCCCGCGAAGAAGAAAAAAAAAAAAGGCCGACGCGUGCAAAGCACUGGGCAGGAGGCGAGCGCCGACAACAAAAGGUGUAAGAAAGAGGGUGUUUCGAGAAGACGGAAGUAGAGCAGGCAUCGCUGCAACAUCAAGACCGGCGCGCGCGUUCUGCGAGGGCGCAGGAUGCGGCCGGCUUGCGCGGCAAAGCACCCCCUCGUCCGGUGGCGCACGCGCGUCUCCUGCGACAGCUGUUUCUCGCUGUGGCGGCGACUGCAACCACGUGACGUGGACAGGUGGCCCGGACGCGGGCUGCCAGGAGCGAGAACGACGCGCCAGCUGCCCCGGGCGGAAACCAACCGCGGGUAGAUGGCCGGCAGGGGGGGGACGCCGCACACCUUUGGUGGGGGGGAGAGAACCCCUCGACGCGGAGAAGAAAGGAAACGAGGACGGCAGAGGAAAUAGCGCAGACCGAGAGAAAGGAAACGAGGAGAGAGAGGAGGCUGAAAGGGGAAAGGGAAAUGUGAAGCAUGGUUGCAGCCCAAACGGGAGCAUCGCAGGCAGCAGUAGUCUCAGACCCGUGGUUGGAUGUGGAGCGUCUAGCUUCCGAGCUGUGUCCCGGUCCUGGCGGCGGUGGUGCAACUGUCGGAGUACCGCUGAUGCCAUACCUGCGCAACGGUGGCCUCAGCGGCGAAUAGGGCAGCGUGCUGUUGAUCCAGUGCAACUUGACUUCCUGAAAGGCAAACUGCCAGGACUUGCCGGCAUAGGGUGGUCUCGACUACACAUUUGAUCACACUGAACACAUCAGCUCAAUCGCCGCCUCGACCGCACCGAGUCUUCGACACUGCAGUCGAUCGGUGUUCGAAGCCGAGCUACCUGGAAAUCAGCAUUUAGUCGACUAACCAGGAAUGUACGACGUCCAAGUUCACAAGCCGUGCGCAGUGCCGGAAUCGUACCAGACGAUGAGCCCGAGCUCGUGGUUCGGCCCGGCGGCGAGCUCCCCUGAACAGCAGCCUUCCCCGGCCUCCACUUACCGGGGUCUGUACGCCCUGACAGUCCGCUGGCAACCCCCUGUGCCCAGAGGUGAAGCGCCCCGGCACCGAAAAGACAAUUCUUCCCUUCCGAAAGAUCCGCGCCAGUGGAGCCGGGAGGACGUGGCCGUCUGGCUUGUGCACGUCAUGGAUCAACACCGAUUGCCGGCCGUCUCCACCGACCGAUUCCUGAUGAACGGAAAAGCGCUCUGCCUCAUGACCAUGGAGAUGUUCGUGCAGCGGGUACCCCUCGGUGGCAAACUACUCUACAAGGACUUCCAGCUUAGGCUCAGCAACGUGCUUUACAACUGAACCAUGCAGUGGCACUUCGAAAACCAAAGUUUGAUCUUGCGCCGAAACUUAGCAGCCCACGGCCCACUCAUACUAUAUAGCAGAACACAAAACCGUCUGAUCGCAGCACCUACGAUGACUCACGUGUAACUUGGCUGAACAGUGUCUAUAGGUGACACAGACAAGAUAGCGCUAGCCAUGAUGUCAUCAGUAGGUGAAUAUGAAAUUGCAAGAUGUACCGGCAGACGGCUCGCCACGAAGGUUAUAUCGAGAAGUCAUCUCUACAAGACGCAUCCUUU